AUGAGUAACUAACAAAUUUAAAUCGAUGAAAAUACUAUAAAUCAAUUACAAUAAGCAGGAUAUACUAUAAAUUAAAUUCUUUUGGCAAUUGAAGCAGUCAAUUCUUAAAAUGAUUUAUCAUAAUUUAAUAAAUACUUAAAAUAUGCUUAGAAUAAUUAUGAUGAAUUAUAUUCAAUUGUAUAUCCUUAAUAGAAAACUUUUAAAUCAAAUUAACCAUUUUAGAGCAAUAAUUCCUCUAAUUAAGUAAACUUUUUUUAUUUCUAGAUUAAGAAAUAAAAUUCUACUAAAAUUAUGACCAGAAAUUCUUAGCUUCCUGUUGGUUUGAUUAAUGGUGGUAAUAUAUGCUACUUUAAUUCACUUUUAUAGUUAAUGUUACGUAAUCCUAUAUUUGUCAAGAUAAUAUUUAAUUAUCAAGUACAAUUUUGUAAUGAUGUAAAUUUUUAUUAUAUAUAUAAUAGAAAUUUGACAAUUUUUUAAAUUCACUAUAAAAGUUAUUUGCUAAUUUACUUCUUUCAAAUUCUGUUUGUUAUGAUGCAAGCGAAGUUCUCUAAUUUAUGUUUUGGAAUUAAUAAGAUCUUGAAUUAAUCGGAAAGUAAUAAGAUUUUAGAGAAUUAUGUGAAUUAUUCCUUCAAAGAGUAGAUUAAUCUUUAAUGGAGAAAAGAAAUUCACCUUAUUAAUCUUAACCUAUUCUAGAAUCUGAUUUUUUUUUUAAGAAUUAAAUACUAUAGAAAUAAUUUUUAUUAAGUGAUAAUUUUUAGAAAAAUAUUUUGUUUAUCCCUGCAGAUCUAAAUUUUACUAGUAUAUACAAUACUUUAUUUAAUGGGUUUGGAUAAUAAUAAAAAGAAUUGAAAAUUCCAGAAAAUCUUUUUUUUUCAAUUUCAAGAUAUUCAUUCAAUAGAAAUACUUAAAAUGUUGUGAAAUUGACUUCAGAUUUUACUAUACACACUGAAAUAUAUAUUGAUUUUAUACUAAAAUAUAUCCCUGAAGUAAAUCAGUUAUUUUAAAAUUUCAAUGAUAGUAAGAAUUAUUCUAUUGAAUCAAAUUUAGAUUAUUAACAAUGUAAAAAUUAAAUUUAUAUCUAGUUUAAAAAUAAAUAGACUCAUUUUAAGAUGUUAUUAAAUAUUAUUAAACUAUUCAGAACCAUAAUAUGAUUUAGUAAUUAACAUCAGAUUUGAAUUUGUUAAAAAUUUAAGAUUCAUCUUAAUUUUCAAAAAAAGAAAGAAAUUAUAGAUGGCUACAUUAGUAAUUAUCAUAAUUUUGUUUCUAAAAGUAUUACCUUCAUAGUAUAGUUGUUCAUCUAGGUAAUGCAAAUAAAGGUCAUUAUUUUAUUUACAUUUAUAACUUUUCAAAAUAAAAAUGGUUUUCAUAUAAUGAUGCAAUUGUUGAAUAAGUAUUAGAAGAUGAUGUUUUAAAAAUAUCUAAAAACAAUGGAUAUAUUGUAACAUAUAUAAGUGAAUAACAAAGAUAAGCAAUUAAAUAAUAGGAAGAAAUUAUUGAUAUUAUUUAGUAAAACAAUUUGUCUUAUGAAUUGUAUGAAACCUUAGAGCUUUAGUAGAUGAUACCAUUUAAUUUAUUUUAAGAGAUUUAUUCACAUAAUUUAAAUCUCAUAAAUUGA